UAGCAGGUCGCGUCCAACCAGGAGUACUCAGUUACUGGCCGUGACAUUGACAUGAGAGGAAUGAACCGGCUGUGUGUCCAGCUCGGGCGAGCGGCCUGGGGAUGGGGGGCCCGUCCGGUGGAGUUACGCCGGCUCGUACACACCGGGCCCCGGAGUCUGGCGUACGCUAAGCAGCUCUUCCUGGGCUCCAUUGCCAAGGAAGAAGUGUUUCCAUAUCCAGAUAUCAGCAAGGAUGAGCUGGAGGAAAUCAAUCAGCUUGUAGGACCCGUGGAGAAGUUCUUCAGUGAAGAAGUUGAUUCUAAAGCGAUUGAUCAAAAUGCCAAAAUACCUCCUGAAACACUGAAAGGAUUGAAGGACCUUGGGCUGUUUGGCAUGCAGAUUCCUGAGGAGUAUGGAGGCCUAGGGUUAUCAAACACAAUGUAUGCUCGACUAGGAGAGAUCACGUCGCUGGACGGUUCAAUAGCUGUAACUCUGGCCGCUCACCAAGCCAUAGGGCUAAAGGGAAUACUGAUUGCUGGUAAUGACGAGCAAAAAGCAAAAUAUCUGCCUAAACUGGCAUCUGGAGAACACAUUGCUGCGUUUUGCCUCACAGAGCCUGGAAGUGGGAGCGAUGCUGCUUCAAUAAAAUCUAGAGCCACUUUAAGUGAAGAUGGAAAACAUUAUAUCCUCAAUGGCUCAAAGAUCUGGAUAUCUAAUGGAGGCCUGGCAGACAUAUUUACCGUAUUUGCAAGGACAGAUGUUGUAGAUAAAGAUGGAACUACAAAGGAUAAAAUAACAGCCUUCAUCGUGGAGCGGGCGUUUGGUGGUGUCACUCAUGGAAAGCCUGAGGAUAAGUUAGGGAUCAGAGGAUCAAACACUUGUGAGCUUCAUUUUGAGAACACUAGGAUUCCUAUUGAGAAUGUCAUCGGUGAAGUUGGAGGAGGCUUUAAAGUAGCUAUGAAUAUUCUGAAUAGUGGUCGCUUCAGUAUGGGCAGUGCCUCGGCAGGAAUAAUUAAGAAAUUGAUAGAAAUGACAGCAGAAUAUGCCUGCACAAGGAAACAGUUUAACAAGAAACUCAGUGACUUUGAACUUAUACAGGAGAAAUUUGCUCUCAUGGCUGAGAAGGCUUAUGUGAUGGAAAGCAUGGCGUACCUCACAGCUGGCAUGAUGGACCGACCUGGGUUUCCAGAUUGCUCAGUUGAAGCAGCCAUGGUUAAGGUGUUCAGCUCUGAAGGGGCAUGGCAGUGUGUCAGCGAGGCACUGCAAAUCCUUGGGGGCUUGGGAUAUAUGAAGGAUUAUCCAUACGAACGUUAUCUACGAGACAGUCGCAUUCUUCUUAUUUUUGAGGGGACCAAUGAAAUCCUGCGGAUGUAUAUUGCCCUCACAGGGAUGCAGCAUGCAGGAAGGAUUUUGACUGAUAAAUUAAAGGAAUUGAGAAAGGGGAGUCUUUCUGUGGCCUUUGAAAUGAUAGGCAAGAGAUUAGGAAGCUCAAUGAGGAGGAAAGUCAAAUUAGGGUUAACUGGAAAAGAUGGAGUCGUGCACCCAAGUCUUGAAGAAAGUGCACAGAAACUGGAGGAGAAUACAUAUAAUUUUGGCAGCACAGUGGAAAGUCUGCUGUACAGGUUUGGUAAGACAAUUGUGGAUGAGCAGCUUGCACUGAAGCGAGUGGCAGAUAUUCUUAUUAAUCUGUAUGCCAUGACUGCAGUAAUAUCUAGAGCGAGUCGUUCUAUCAGCAUUGGCCUGCGCAACCAUGAUCAUGAAGUGCUGCUUGCAAAUAUGUUCUGCUCUGAAGCUUAUUUCAAGAACUGCUACAUGAUGGCUCAGCUGGGAAAAUAUUGUCCAGAAAAUCAGGACGAAAGUAUUAAGAAAAUAGCAAAGCAUGUUCUAGAAAACCGUGCUUAUACGUGUUCUCACCCUCUGGACAGAACUUUCUAAAAACCGAGCCAGAAGAAGCAAGAGUUGCUGCAGAAUGUCCAUAUAACUUUACACGAUGUGCUAACGAUGCUGGUCUGGAGUGUAUUGUAACUUUGUACAAUUGUUGAUAAAUCUACAACUUUU